CCGUCAAUCACCUUCGUCCCGUCCAUCGCCACUUCCCAAAACGAAGCUCCGAUUCAUGUUCCUGUCGUCCCGAGCGUGACUUACCAACACACUUUGAUCGCCUGCGACCCCCGAAAGACUGCCUACUCUCUUUCUUCUCUCGUCACUGCCCAUAGAAACCCCGCAAUGGCCAACAUCCAGGGACGCGGAGGACGCGAUGGAGAAGAGGAAGUCGGGAAGCUGGCGGUCCGGCUGGCCAACGCGGUGGUGCUCCCGAUGGUCCUCAAGUCGGCCCUCGAGCUCAACGUCAUCGACGCCCUCGUCUCCGCCGGCGGGUUCCUCUCCCCCGCCGAGAUAGCGAGCCGGGUGGGCUCCAAGAACCCGGGGGCUCCGGUGAUGCUGGACCGGAUGAUGCGCCUCUUGGCGAGCCACGGCGUGAUCGAGUGGCGUGCGAGGAGGGGCGACGGCGACGGAGGCGGAGAUGGAGGGGAGAUAGAGUACGGCGCGGGACCCAUGUGCAGGUUCUUGGCGAAGGACGAAGAAGGGGCCGCUGUCGGUCCUCUGUUUCUGCUGCAUCAUGACAAGGUCUUCAUGGAGAGUUGGUACCAUUUGAACGAUGUCAUCAUGGACGGAGGGGUUCCGUUCGAGAGGGCAUAUGGGAUGACGGCGUUCGAGUAUCCUGCCAUUGACGAUAGGUUCAACCGAGUUUUCAACCGAGCCAUGUCGAGUCAUACAACCUUGAUAAUGAAGAAGAUACUUGACGUCUACGGAGGGUUCCAAGGCGUCAAAGUGUUGGUCGAUGUGGGAGGCGGCGUCGGGGUCACUCUCAAGAUGAUCACCUCCAAGCAUCCCCACAUCAAGGGCAUCAAUUUCGACCUGCCUCACGUCUUGGCGGAUGCUCCUUCUUAUCCAGGUGUGGAGCAUGUUGGCGGAGAUAUGUUUGAGAGUGUUCCUAGAGGAGAUGCCAUUUUCAUGAAGUGGAUACUCCAUGAUUGGAGUGAUGAGCAUUGCUCGAAAUUUCUAAAGAACUGUUAUGAGGCUCUGCCCGCCAAUGGGAAGGUGAUCAUCAUCGAGUCAAUUCUUCCUGUGGUUCCAGAUAGAAAUGUCUCUUCAAACAUUGUAUUCGAGCAAGACCUGUUCAUGUUUGCUCAAAAUCCCGGCGGGAAAGAAAGGACGCAAAAGGAGUUUGAGGCCUUGGCGGUGCAAGCGGGAUUCGCUGGCUGCGAAGUCAAAUGCUGCGCGUACAACAGUUGGGUGAUGGAGUUCCCCAAAACAGUGGGUCAUUAAGUCUGUUGAGGUCUAUUCCUGAUUGCACUUCGAGCUCAGAUAAUUGCGGAACAAGUGUUGGAUUCUCUUUUUUAUUAUCCCCUUGAUGGUGUGAAUCAGAUGAUUACCUUCUCUAGGAGUAAAAGAAAUAAAAGGAGGCGCUUUUCCUAUAA